GAUAUGUAUAAAUCGUCCUCCCGUCUUUCUGUGCUUGAUCCCCCACCCCCUCCGCGGUCCCUCUCAUAUCUUUUCCCAGUUGAGACUGUUACAUGAAUCCAAGCCUGCCACUACGAAUCCGACCUUUUCGUAGUCUGUCCUACAUACAAACUUCCAACCAACCCCAACUGCCAGGUGCCUCCCGGGUACCUACUCGACAACCUACCUCAUCUCUGCUUGGCGUCGUCCCAACUACAUACAACCACCAAUUCACACAACCGCCUCGAGCGCUAGCGAAUCAAGUCAGCCCAAGGAGGCAGUGGGUGCAAGGACACGGCGAGCCUCUCCGUCCACGAUAGCGCGCGAGACGAACAUCCCAUGGCUACGGCGACCGCACCCGUCACGGGCACCCCGUUGCCUUUCAAGCCACAGACCCCCAUCACGCCCCCGCCAGACUGUCUCAACUUCCCGCCCAAGCAGUCACAGUCUCCCCUAAAGGAGAAAGAGCCGGCGGCUGAGGUCAUGGCACAGGUGGCUGGGCAUAUCCAGACUCUCCCAACCAAAGACCAGAGGACGGAGAACGGCUGCGAGUGCCACGAGGGAGACGGCAGUGCGGUUACGGCUCCGCCGCCGCCGCCGCCGCCGCCAGCACCGGGCACCGGGCCUCUGGAUCCCCGUUACAUAGCCAUGGUAUCACGCAUCGCGGCCUACUACCAGCAGCGAUGCCAGGCCAUAUCCAACUUCCAACACCAAAAGUGCCAGGCGUGGGCCAACGUGCAGCGACAAAAGACCCAAGAGAUGACACAAGCAGCCCUUCUGGUGGUUGCAUGGUACGUCCGCGACCGCAUCCAGCGGCGCAGGAAGCGACAGAAGCGACAGUUCCGGAGGGCUCUAACCGAGAGGGCCGGUGUCGGCAAGGUCAAGAAGGAGGAGUCGGUCAGCAAAUGGGCCAGCCAUAUCCCAGACGACUUGCUAGCCCCCGACAGUGGUCUCAAGGAGAGGCCCAUCGACAAGGACGAGCUCGAUUUCACCAUGGACUUCGAGCCGACCGCUGACUCGGAUUCUAAGCUCUACUCGGUCGCCGACAACAUGAUCAAGAGCCAGCUGGCCAGGAUCGACGUGCCCCUGAUGGGAGCAUUGUCGUUCACCGACGACGAGCAGAGCGAAAGUGAAAGUGACUACGAGGAGCUGCACAGGUGGCGGCCGGAACCAGAAGCACAGCCGCGCGGCGGACAGGGCAGCGAACGUGUCGCUGCAGAGGAAGAAGACUACGACGAUGAUGCCAGCGACUACUCAUACGAUGAUGAUGAUAUGGAGGACUUUACCGCCGACCAUAACUCGGAGCGGGUGCACAAGAGCACUGGCAACAACGCCAGAGCGGGCGGGUCAAGUUCUUUGAGGCGCUAAACCAACAGCCAGCUCUUAUUUAUUUAUCAUUUCUCUUCUCUGUUCCUUUUCUUUCUAUUUUGGGUUUUCUGUCCGUCUGUCUCGGGCGUCUCUUGGGAAGCCGGCGUUUGGCGAGCCACCUCUAGGCUCUUUGUUGGCGACAGGCGGGUUGCACCUCAGGGUUACUUUUCCUCGGUUAAUCAUGUGUGUGGGUUGUGUGUUACGUGCGAAGCCCUUGGGGCGUGGAGGAGCUGUACAUAGUUGGAUCAAGCACUGCUUAUACCCCCAUUUUCCUCCAGUACACGAGCCUGAACAGCACGUGGCUGCUUCUAUGUGGCACAUGUGCUCAACAAUAAAAUAUAACAUUAAAAAAGACUAUAUCUAUGUGUAUGCAGGUAUCCCAUAAGAGGUGGCA